GCUCCAGCAUCGUUGCCGCAGCUUAUAACCAAGACCGGGCGUGGUCGAGCUCGAUCGAAACAUCUUGCCUCGCCUAGCUGCCUCCCCUCACUCCAAGUGCCAAAGGACAAGAAUCAAGAAUGGCAGCGAUCACAAGCCUCCUCCUCCUCUCCCUCCUCGUCGCGGCGACGCCGCUCCCAGGCUCCUGCGACGACACUGCAGGCAGCUUCCUGAUCCAGUGCUACGAGCCGACGCUCACCACCAACGGCACUGCACUCCGCACGGACCUGCUCCGACUCCUCCGCGCCCUCCCCUCGGCCGCCGCGUCGACGGGCUUCGCGUCCCUGCGCUCCCCCACCGGCGUGGCGUUCGCACGCGGCCUCUGCUUCGGCGAGUCCACGGCGCCGUCCGAGUGCCGACGUUGCCUGUCCGUCGCGGCCAGGAGCCUCGCCUCCGGCUGCGGCGCUACCACCCGCCGCGCCGGCGUCUGGAGCGACCGCUGCUUCGUCGCCUACGCCGACACCGACGCAUCCACGCCACGCGAGGACGCCUUCCGGUCGCGCCUCCUCCUCCGGGGCGACGACGCCGUCCCUGUCCCCGGCGCCGACGCGGUGGCGGCAUACAAGGACGAGUACUACUUCCAUGCUCAGCUGGUCUACAUGGCGCAAGUCGCGGCUCAGGGCGCGGCCGACAACAUCUCGAGCGCGCGGAUGCUGGGCACGGGGGGCGCGACCAUGUACGGCGUAGCGCCCGCGAUGAGCACGGCGCACGUGCUGGGGCAGUGCGCGAGGGACCGCACGGAGGCGGAGUGCGUCCGGUGCCUGCAGCACUCGGCGCGGGCGGUGGACUGGGACCGCCACGCCGACCGCCACGGCGGCGUCGCGGCAGCGGUGCUGGGCUUCAACUGCUACCUAGCCUUCAACGUCUCCACUGUGCUGCCUCCUCGAGAAACGGGGGACUCCUCGGGCUUCGUAUUGCUUGGUGCCAUCCUUGGAGGCAUUGCUGGAGCAUCAAUUCUUAUUGUUCUGGUCUAUGCCCUCUGCGCUGCCCUUUCUGCUAAACAAGAGAAGACAGAUAAUGAAGAGAAGAAGAAGGACGACGCUGAAGCAGCAGCAGCGGCAGGAGCUGUUUUCAAAUGAUAUCUGGUUGCAUGCAAGGAGAAAGCACCGGAUAUCUCCUUGCAGCCGCCAGGGGUAACAAGGAUGAUCAGAUCAAGCAACAACAACCCCCAACAACAAGACGCGCUACCGAGCGUGCCUAUAUAUCUGGGGUCGUCGUAUAUGUGUUUCACGUUUUCCUUCUUAGUGGUUAAUGUUUGUGUGGUGUGUAUGUGUGUGUGAUCGACCAGGAAGUCUAUGCGAUCUUAUGUUUUAGUUUGUUUA